AUUGAAAGUUGUUUUCAUGACUGUCUAUUCACUAUCAAUGUUCAUCCAUCGAAUUCAACGCCUUUGCUCAAAUAUAUUUACCUCGAUUGCCUUCCAUUCACAUUGAAUUGUAUGAAAACAAAUUUCACAUUUUCAGUCCAAUUUCUUCUACGGUCAAAAUAAUUUUCAUGAUGAGGCGUUUAUCAAGACGGAGUAAACUACCGCCAGUUGAAAAUUCUCUGAAUUCUCAAAAUAGCAAGAAGACUGUUUCCAAUAAGUUGUCCACUGAAAGAGGGAGAAAAGAAUUUAUUCUGAAGACUUCCAUUGUAUUUAUCAUGCAGUUUCUAAUUCUAUGGGCAAUAUCUGCCAUCGUGAUACUUCUUGAAAACCUCAAGGAUUGGCUGAAGGCGUCUUCUUGGUUUUCCUGGCUUUGUGGAUUUUUAGGAACACUUCUUCAGAUGCAGAUGCUUCUAAUACCUCAGCUGCAGUUUGUAUUUCCACUCAAUUAUAUCGUCUUGAUAAUUGCUACAAUAUUGAUGGGGUUCGCAGCAGUUCUACCCUUGAUUGGCGAACCCUACUGGUGGAUGAUUGCCACAUGGGGAGCGACCGUGGUUAUUUCAGGGAUUAUUGUAGCUGUCAGUGUGCUUAAAAGAUUCAGUAUGCUGAGGGCUUUUCGGAAGCUCAUAUUUUCCACAUUCACCAUGGAAAUAAUGUUUUGCAUAGGAUUCUUCCCAAUGAUCUAUUUACAAAAAUAUGAUGUAAGUAAAUAGAUAACAUGUAAGUUAUUCCUACUGAAAAUUAACUGUUAUUAGCUGAGGUGUCUUCUGAUGUUCAUUGGAAACUGUUUAUUUCGGGAAGUAUUCACUCACACAAUAAUCAAUAAACGUGCUGUGGAACACGUUGAAUCACUUUAGAUACGCUUCACCUAAUUAAACUUCCUCAAGAAGACUGACAGAUGAGUAUUCAAAUCGAUCAAAUCACUGCAGAAAUUCCUUUCAUGUUAGAAUAAACUAAGUUUCAUGAUGCAGUCAUCAUAUUUUGUACUGAUCGUCUCACUCGAUUACAGCGGAACGCUUCUUGAUUGUGUACAUUAUUGCCAAAUUAUUCGGUCGGUAGUUUGUACUUCUAUGAAAGCCAAAGUAUGUGUGGAGACAUACGAUUUCCGCACUAGGGGAAGUUGGCAACACUGUAGUGCGUUUCAGCAGUGUACAACUAACUGAUAUUUCAAGGGCUUAGUUAUCAUCAAGGUUUGUUCUCUUAGAAAGUGUAAUCAAUUUCAAAUAUUAAUUGCAGCUGUGAAAAGAACAUCGCGAAUGGGA